CGCGCGGCCCCGGCAGGCAGAGGGCGGUGUUAGAUGCGCAGCGGCGGCGGCGGUGGUGCUUGUGUUCUCCUGGGUGACGCGGCUGCCGGUACAAGAUGAAGUUAUCGGUGGAUUCCCGGGGCUGGGUGUGGACAGGAUUGCUGCUCCUGGCCGCUUGCUGCACGGUUAAAGCUGCAGAAGAUUCAUCUGUGGUGUCCACUGUUCCGAGUACAACUAAGGGGGCUCAAUCACUCGUCAAUACCACAUCAACUUCACCUACAGUGCAAGAAAACGCCACCACAACUUCAGUGCCCGUGGGCUCCAACUCCUCCACUAGUCCUACGCCAGCAGCGGCUUCUACUUCCACAACGGUGGCUUCUACUUCCACAACGGUGGCUUCUACUUCCACAACGGUGGCUUCUACCUCCUCAACUGCAAAAACACAAGGACCUGCUGUGAUCAAUGCUUCCACCACAGUCGUGACCAGUAAAGCAGCGGUGAAAACCACAGCUGUGACCACCGCCUCCACCAGUCCUGUGACCAGUUCUAUGUCCUCCUCUUUACAGAAGACUUCUGGAUUUGAUCUGGGCAGCUUCAUAGGAGGUAUCGUGCUGACAGUUGGCCUCUUGGCAGCGGCCUAUUUCGGGUGCAGAUUUUAUAAUUCCAAAAGAGGCGUCCGCUACCGCACCAUAGAUGAACACGAGGCCAUCAUUUAACGCUUCCGCUUACUAAUCCUCAUCGAUCUGGAAUCAUCUUGCUUCUUUGGAAGACGCUUCAGGUAAACUCUGCGCUCGGAUCACGUUGUACAUUACGUAACAGGAUAACAUUACAUGGAACGAGACCUUCUGCUCCAUCCAGACCUGCAUUGUCCCUCCCGCUGACCUCUGUUCUUCAGGACUGCACCGACGGCCUAUGUUUCAUUGGUUGUCAUUGGGUGUUACUUCUGGCACCAGCGUCUUUUGCCCUGCAACCUACCGUCAGCUUUAAACUUCAGGCACCAGCGUCUUCAUAAGUGGCGCCAAACAUUAAAGCCUACCUGUUACUGAAGCCAACACAGCAGCUUUUUUUUUUUAAACAUAUUCCUUCAAGGCUUUAAAAUGAGAUUUCGGCUCUUUUAUGUGUUUACUCUGUCUGCACUGACUGGGAGAGCACUAGAGAAGAAGCUGCGGAUGCCAAACUGCAGUUUUCAGGGUAUGAUCUUUUGUAAAAGCUGCAAAAAACAAUUCUAUUUACGUGAACCUUUUGCUGUGGACUGUCUCCAUUCCGUUACACCCCCCCCCCCCCCCAUCUGAAUUGAUUCCUAAGAAGCUAAAGAAAAAUAGAAGGUCCCAGUUUCUCUUUAAAGGGAACCUGUCAUAUUGGACAUGCAGUCUGCAGCAUGUUAUAGAGCAGCAGUUUGAGUCCAGUGGGCGGUCCUGGCCAUGCGGUCACAGCUGUAAGUCAUGGUGUAGGACCGCCCACGUGACUCCAAAAGGGGGCGUGACAAUGGUGGGGAAAUGGGUGUGGUCAAUACCCGAGACCAGAUACUUAGAUUGUGAUCCCCAUUGGGGACCGAUUUAUGCGAAUGUCUGCAAAGCGCUGCAGAAUAUAGUAGCGCUAUAUAAGUGCAUAAUAUAAAUAACUACAUUUACACUAGUUUGGUUUGCUCAGAGCUAGCGCAGGUUUCUGUUUUCAGUGCCCAGGUCUGCCGACCUGCGUCUCGUCAUAAAUUGGGCAGCGCAGGGGAUAUUAAAGGGGUUAUCCAGUACCAUAAACUGCCCCCCCAUGUGCUGGGCCCCUCACUGUGAAUAUACUUACUCCGCUCCUGGUCCCUGCACCGCCACUGCUGCUGUUCCCUGUGCGCUAAUGAAAACAUCCAGUGUCUCCCGCGAUGCCGGGACCAGGAGCGGCCCGGGGUAAGUAUAUGGGGGUUUAUAGUAUUGGAUAAUUCCUUUAAGGCCGGUCUUGCUAAAUCUCAGCUCCUUCUGCUCUAUCACAUGCUGCCUGCAGAUUACACUGCAUUUCAUGCUGACAGGCUCCCUUUAAGGAAUUUGUCGUAGUCUUAUGAAUAUACUUAUUUUGUAUAGAAGAUUAGACAAGAAUAUAUUGACUCACCCCGGACUGUAUGUUACAUCAUUGUUACUGGGUAUUGGCCAGGAAGCUGCUUCUGAGAAAUGUGCACAUUUCUCAGAAGAGCAAUGGACAUUAUGUACCCAAAAAAAUGCAGCUCAGCCGCAUUCAGACAGCUGCGUAUCAGUAUCUC